AUGGCUCCUGAAACAAAGAGAAUAUAUCCACAGAAUGGCGAUGCCAUUUCUCCUAGAAAAAGACAACAUAUUAACCCAGAUGCGCUUGGAACUGAUAUCACAGUAGAAGACGAAACUGCCUUUGAUAUUCAGGAAGACUAUGAUAGUGAUGAAGUAGCUCAAGUUGCUUAUAUUCCCCAAUCAGAGACAAAAUGGCAGAAAACCGUUGAAAAAGUUGUUAAAUCUGUCGUUUCAAUCCAUUUCAUGCAACCUGUUAAUUUUGAUACGGAAACCUCAUUAUGUUCUGAAGCAACUGGAUUUGUUGUAGAUGCUAAACAAGGUAUCAUUCUAACCAACCGGCAUGUGGUUGGGCCUGGUCCGUUUAUUGGCUAUGCUGUUUUUGAUAACCAUGAAGAAGUUGAAGUUACUCCCAUAUACAGAGACCCCGUCCAUGAUUUUGGAUUUUUGAGAUUCGAUGUAUCAAAAAUUAAAUAUAUGAAAGUCCAACAACUAGAACUACAUCCGGAGUCAGCUCGUGUUGGUGAAGAAAUCAGAGUCAUUGGUAAUGAUUCUGGUGAGAAAUUGAGUAUUUUAUCAGGUUUUAUUUCCAGAUUAGAUAGAAAUGCUCCUGACUACGGGGCAAACACUUAUAAUGAUUUCAAUACUGAAUAUAUUCAGGCUGCAGCUAGUGCAAGUGGUGGUUCGUCUGGUUCGCCUGUUGUUAAUAUUGAAGGGCAUGCAGUUGCCUUACAAGCGGGCGGUAACUCGGAAACAUCAACUGAUUUUUUUCUGCCUGUAUGGAGAGUCAAGAGGGCUUUGGAGAGAGUUCAAGCAUGUGAGGAUGUUACAAGAGGUACCAUCCAGGUUCAAUGGACCUUAGAACCUUUUGACAAAUGUAAAAGAUUAGGGUUAACUUCUGAUGUCGAAGGUGAGAUUAGAAAAUUAGGCAGUGACAUUAAUGGUAUGUUGGUGGCUUCAAUUACUUUGCCUGAAGGGCCAGCUGACGGUUCCAUCAAGGAGGGUGACUGUCUGGUUAGUAUUAACGGUGAAUUAAUCACAAGUUUUGUCCAAGUUGACAAAAUUCUAGAUGAAAAUGUUGAUAAGGAAUGUGAAUUCAUUGUUCAGAGAAAUGGUGUUAACAUUACAAAUACAAUAAAAGUUGGUGAUUUACAUAAAAUCACCCCAAGCAAAUAUGUCACUGUUUGUGGUGCAACAUUCAAUGAGUUGAGUUAUCAACUAGCAAGAAUUUAUGGUAUUCCAGUCAGAGGAUGCUAUGUUAGUGAUGCAUCUGGAUCAUUCCAACUAGGCGGUCAAGAACUUAACAACUGUUGGAUCAUUGACUCAAUUGAUGAUAAGCCUACGCCUACAUUAGACGACUUUGUUGAGGUGAUGAAAAGCAUCCCAGAUAAGUCAUUUAUACCUGUUAAAUAUCACCAUUUGACGGAUAUUCAUGUUCCAUUAUUCAAAAAUAUUUUUAUUGAUAGACAUUGGUGCUCCACAUUUAGGCUAGCUACUAGAAACGAUACAACAGGUCUGUGGGAUUUUGAGACGAUCCAAAAGGAGCCUAUCAAACCUUUGCCACUAGAAAGAAAAUCUGCAAAGUUUUUAGAUUUACCAACUGAGUUUGAAAAUUGUAAACAGUUGAACAGAUCAUUUGUCCAAGUUGAUGCUAUCUAUGAAUUGCCAUUAGAUUCAUUUGGUGGUCAUGUUAGAAGGGUCCAUGGUAUUGUUAUUGAUGCAAAAAACGGUUAUGUUUUGGUUUCCAGGCAUGCCGUAUGCCACGACUUAUGUGAUAUCAACAUAACAAUUGCAGAAAGUAUAAUCAUCCCCGGCAAAGUUAGAUUUUUGCAUCCUACUAAAGGCUAUGCAAUCAUCAAGUAUGAUCCUGGUUUAGUUGAUGCACCUGUUCAAACGCCAAAGUUUAGUCAAGAACCAUUGAAAAGAGGUGAUAAAGUGGUUUUCAUUGGUUACAAUAAAUCCUUGAGAGCGGUAAUUGAUGAAACCAGGGUUAGUGAUAUUGGCAUUAUGAAUAUUCCAACAAAUGCCAAUUCCCCAAGGUACAAAGCCACCAAUGUUGAGGCUGUUUUAGUUGACUCAACCAGUGGGCAAAAAUGUCAUUCUGGAAUUCUGUGUAAUAAAGAAGAUGGUACUAUAAGGGGUAUAUGGAUUUCAUGUGAUGGUGAUGAUGAUAGACUAUACACAACAGGUAUUGAUAUCACUGAUAUUAUGUGGGAGCUUGAAUUUUUGAAAGAUGACGAUAAUAAGAUGAAAGAUAAUGAGGAUAAUGAGGAUGAGAUGAAAGAUGAUGAAAAGACUAAAGAUAAUGAUAAGACUAAAGAUGAUAAUAAGAAUACAGACCAUGAUGACGAUGUCAAAAUCAUCGAUGUUGAGUUUGGUACUGUCUCUGUUGCCAGUGCCAGGAUCAGUGGAGUACCUGACGAGUGGAUCACCAAGGUUGAAACAUCCUCAAAGGUUGAUAAGUUUCAAUUCUUGUAUGUUCCAACCACCUCUGUUGGGUUGGACAAUGAGCCUACAUGUCUGCUUGAACCUGGUGAUAUUAUUCUAACAGCAAAUGGAGAACUAGUGACCCGAAUGAGAGACAUUGAUAAUGCCAUCAAGGGGACAUCGAAGAAUGAAGAUAUUAUCAAGUUCAAAGUAGUUAGAGAGAAGAAGGUCAUUGACUUGGAUGUCAAAUUAACCAGAACCAAAUCAUUCAUGACUGACAGGGUUGUCUUUUGGUCUGGUUGUGCUUUACAAAAUGCACAUCAUGGGGUCAGGCAAGCUAUCAACAGUUUACCUAGCGGUAUCUAUUGUACCACUAUAUCUAACGGGUCACCGGGGAGGUUCUAUUCUGUUGGCAUUACAAAUUUUAUUACCCAUGUCAACGAGAUCCCCACUAACACGUUAGAGGAGUUUUUGAAUGUUGUGCGGAAAGUCAAGGAUAAUUCGUACGUCAAGCUCCGUGUUGUUACCUUUGACAGUAUUCCAAUGGCACAAACCUUGAAAGUGAACUAUCAUUAUUUCCCCACUGUAAAUAUCCAGAAAAUCAAUGGCGAAUGGAAAACCACAGUGGAUCGUCAAGAUGACAAUUGA